GCCGUCAGACUCGUGUUUGCGGCAGGGGAGUUGUAAACGCAUCCUCCUGUGGUUCCUGGUGUUUGGGCCUUAACUAUAACGGUGGGGAAAGACAUGGCCCUGUUGUGCUACAACCGGGGCUGCGGCCAGCGCUUCGAUCCCGAGAACAAUUCCGAUGAUGCUUGCACAUACCACCCAGGUGUUCCAGUCUUUCAUGAUGCAUUAAAGGGUUGGUCUUGCUGUAAGAGAAGAACAACUGAUUUUUCUGAUUUCUUAAGCAUUGUAGGCUGUACAAAGGGUAGGCAUAAUAGUGAGAAGCCACCUGAGCCAGUCAAGCCUGAAGUCAAGACUACUGAGAAGAAGGAACUAUCUGAAUUGAAACCCAAAUUUCAGGAGCACAUCAUUCAGGCUCCUAAACCAGUAGAAGCAAUUAAAAGGCCAAGCCCAGAUGAACCAGUGACAAAUUUGGAAUUAAAAGUAUCUGCCUCCCUAAAACAAGCACUUGAUAAACUUAAACUAUCAUCGGGGAAUGAAGAAGAUAAAAAGGAGGACCACAGUGAUGAAAUUAAGAUUGGGACCUCGUGUAAAAAUGAAGGGUGUUCAAAGACAUACCAGGGUCUGCAGAGUCUAGAAGAAAUCUGUGUGUAUCAUUCUGGAGUACCUAUCUUCCAUGAAGGGAUGAAAUACUGGAGCUGUUGUAGAAGAAAAACUUCUGAUUUUAAUACUUUUUUAGCCCAAGAGGGUUGUACUACAGGGAAACACAUGUGGACUAAAAAGGAUGCUGGGGAAAAAGUUGUUUCAUGUAGACAUGAUGGGCAUCAGACUGGGGGUGAAAUCACCAUUUCAAUAUAUGCUAAAAAUUCACUUCCAGAACUUAGUCGAGUAGAAGCAAAUAGUACAUUGUUAAAUGUGUACAUUGUAUUUGAAGGAGAGAAAGAAUUUCAUCAAAAUGUGAAGUUAUGGGGUGUGAUUGAUGUAAAACGAAGUUAUGUGUCUAUGACUGCAACCAAAAUUGAGAUCACCAUGAGAAAAGCUGAACCCAUGCAGUGGGCAAGCCUUGAACUGCCUGCAGCUAAAAAGCAGGAAAAGCAAAAGGAAGAUACAACAGCUUGA